AUGGCACAACAAUUCCAACAGAAGGCAGACGCGCUUGUUGGGGCACUGGAGAAGUAUGGCCAAGGUGACUACAUCGGGGAAUCCAUUAGCCAACUUGAACAUUGUCUGCAGGCAGCACAUCAGGCACAAAAAGCUAGGGCCCGAGAUGAGCUGGUAAUUGCCGCUUUAUUGCACGACAUUGGUCAAAUUAUCCCCUUGGAAACAACCAAGGAGGUGCGCAUGAACCUCCGCGGGAGCACGGAGAAUGUCGGCCGGGUCGGCCACGAAGCUAUUGGGGCUGCUUACCUCCGGUCGCUUGGAUUCAGCGAGGCCGUGUGCCGAUUAGUGAAUAGCCAUGUUGCAGCCAAGCGAUACCUCACUGCGGUUGACCGGGCGUACUAUGACUCUUUGUCCUCGGCGUCUCAGAGAUCGCUGGCGUUUCAGGGUGGUCCUUUCGAAAGCGGCGAUCUGAGAAAAUUUGAGGAAGAUUCGUUGCGAGACGAGAUGGUUUCUCUUCGACUGUGGGAUGAUGCGGCGAAACUAGAGGGGAUUGAGGCCACGACGCCGCGUGCAACGGCCUAUUUGGAGAUGAUAGUUGCGCAUUUGGAAAAACAAGAGAACAUGAAGAGUAAAUAG